AUGUCUAAUCAAAAAGAUAAACGUUGGCUAGAUAGUUUUGGACUAAUAAGUAAAGGAAAUGAUGAUAGAUUAAAAGAACCGAAAAUACAAGAAAUAUUUUACAAUAGAUUAAAAAGACAUUAUGCUGUAUUAAUUGAUCGGGUUAAUAAUGAUACUUUGGAAGAUUCUUUUUUAAAUUUAACUCUAAACGACAGAAUCUUAUCAUUAAGCGAACAACAACAUUGUCUUUAUUUAUUUCGACAAUUACGUGAAGGUAUUGCUGCGAGUCAACGUAUCGAUAAUUUUACUUGUGGGUUAUAUGAAACAUCUGUACGUGUUGGAAUAUAUAUGAAUCAUGUAGAAUCUUAUUUUCCGGCACUUUGUUAUUUAUUGGAAGUUAUUUAUCCAAAAUUAUCAAAGCCAUUUGUACAAAAUCAAAUGGUGACUUGUUAUCUAUUAUAUUUAUGUACUUUAAGAAACUUUCAAGGACUUUAUGAAAUGAAAAAAAAGUGGGAAUUAGAUACACAUGACAUAUCAUUUGAAUUUUCAAGGAUUCUUAUUCAAAACAAUUAUAUUUCAUGGUGGAAAUUACGUCAACGAGUACCAUGGCUUUAUCAACGAUUAAUAGAUUUAAGUCGUGAACAAAUUCAAGAACGAUGCGCAUCAAUAAUUAAAGCUUCAUAUUAUAAAAUAACAAAAAAAUAUAUGGAAAAAUAUAUUGGAUUAGUUUUAUUCUCUAAAACUGGUUGGACAAUUGAGGAUUCAUGGGUUAAAAUACGUGAGCCUGGCUUACCUAAAAAAAUCACUUAA